AUGAAGUCCCUAAAGCUCGUUAUUCUCAUGCUGGCCCUGCUCUUGGUCAUGACUGCUAUACGCUCAGUCUCAUCAGCUGAAGAAGAAGACUUCAUGUUUCAUCUAGACCAGGAUGACAGCAUCGCUGCUGAAGCUGAAAAUUCUGAUCAACUUCCAUUACUUGAAAGCGAGCAGCCGAUAUCGCUUAGGGGGACUAGCCGGUUUCUGACGGAGGCGGCCCGGAUCAAGGUGACGUGCGACAAGUACCCUACAGUAUGCCGAGCCAAGGGAAGUGCAGGGAAGUACUGCUGCAAGAAGAAGUGUGUGAAUGUGAGGACGGACAGGCUCAACUGUGGAGCGUGUGGGAAGAAGUGUAGGUACUCUGAGAUUUGCUGCAAAGGGAAGUGCGUCAACCCUUCUUCAGACAGGAGGAAUUGUGGGGGCUGCGGCAAGAAGUGUAAGAAAGGGAGUCUCUGCGUGCAUGGGAUGUGCAGCUACUCGUAGAUUUCUGAGCAUUGUUGCUUUACAUGGUAAAAUUUCUAU